CCGGCGCCCGCGAGCGGAGGAGCAUCCCGGCCCCGGCCCCGCCGCAUCCCAGGGCCUGCACUCGCCGGGAGCGCCGGGGCCGUGAGCGGGGCCUGGACCCGCUGCCCUGCUGCCCCCAUGGGACCCUGCUCGGGGGGCGACUGAACCGGCGAGGGCCGCCAGCGCGAUGGGCUCCCGGUGUCCCCGGCCGGGCGCGGGGCCGGGCAGGGCCGUCGGCACUCGGGCGCGCCGCCGGGGGCUCUCGAGGGGCCGGGGGCCACAUGCUGGGGGCGCCCCCACCACGCCCGCGCCUCGGCAGCACGGCUGAGGCCCCGGGCCCCUCGUGCCGCACCGCCGGGCCAGGACAGGCUCCGUGCCCCAGCUUCCCGAGCCGCGGGGCCGCCGGGCCCGGGAGCAGCGCCCGGAGCCUGAGGGAGGCCGGCCGGCCGGCCGCGGCACCAUGGUCAGCAAGGAGGCCAAGGCCUGCCUGGGUGCGAGCGGCGAGGGCAGCCAGGAGAAAGCCAUGACGGUGCGCUCGGUGCUGCUGCGCCGCGACUCGCCCGACGCCGAGAGCCGCCUCCAGCGCCGGCGCCACCGCACGCAGCAGGUGCGCUUCAAGGACCUGGUGGACAGCGGCACCACGGGGGAGACCAGCCCGCCGCCACCGCCCACCGCGCCCCACACCCCAUGUGCCUCCCCGCCACCGCCACCGCCCGGGGGCUGCCCCGUGCCUCCGGCGGCUCACUGUGCCUCGGGCCCCCGGCAGAGCUGGCCCCGGGCCGCGGCCGGCUCGCUCACGCUGCCCCGCCAGGGCUGCACGAGCACGGCCAUCCAGACCUCCCCCCGCCUCCACAAGCCCCCGCCGCCACUGCCGCCGGGCACCCACGCCCGCAGCCGCAGCGCCUGCGACCUGGCCGGGGAGCCCCGCCGCGGCCCCGGGGGGCUCGGCGCCGGCAGGGAGCCGCCCCCGCAGGCCCCCACCAGCCUUUCCGCACACAACCACCUCCCGGCCUCGCCGCCCGCCCAGCACGCCAGCAGACAGGGGCCGCCCGGCCCCCCGCCACACGCCACUUUGUGCCACGGGCCGGCCGCGCCUCCCAGGGCUCCCUGCCCGCCGUGCCCCGGGGCCGGCCGGGGCCCCGCUGCCAACGAUACCUCCCAGCCCCGGAGCUGCAGCCCCAGCCCCGAGCUCUGCUCCGCUCGGGCCCCUGGCGCCGCCACGCGCUGCGGGAGCCCCCCGGGCAGCCAUGGCGCCCCGCGCCCCCCGCCCACGGGGAAGUGGCCUCCAUGCUGCGCGGAGCAGAGCUCGCCCCCACGGGACCCUCUGCCCCAGCCCGCGGCGCUCCUGCGCGGCCACACACUCGGCCAGCCAGCUCAGGGCUCCUCCCAAAGACCCCCCGCGCCCCCCCAGCCCUGGGGGAGCCCCGACCGGCCCCCUCCGCCCUACAGCCCCGGCACAGCCCGGCCGCCCGCUGCGCCGGACCAGACACCAGCCGCCCUCAGCCAUCAGGGUCCCAGCAGCCCCCCGCCCGCGCCCCCCAGCCACAGCCUCUACAGCUGCCUGAGAGCCCCGCAGCCGGACGGGGGCCCGACGAAACUGGAGGGGCUCCAGCAGUGCGACGCCCGCCCCGGCCAGGGGGCACCGCCGUCCCGGCAGACCCCCGGGGCUCCCCGGGCGGACGAGCCCUGUCUGACGGCCGAGCAGUCGGAGACGCUGCGCCAGGUGCAGGACCUGCUGCAGCUGGUGGCCGCAGCCAAGGGGCAAGUGAGUUUGUCCAAGGGGGACGAGCACUUCCUAACAUCUCAGGGACGCGCGGGCGUCGGGGCCCGGGCGCUGGGGCCUGGGGACAUGGGGGAUCUGCGGUCGCAGCUGCAGUCCCUGGAGGGGGUCCUGGAGACCAGCCAACAAACCAUCAAGGUGCUGCUGGACGUCAUCCAGGACCUGGAGAAGAAGGAGGCCCAGCGCGACGGGCGACGCUCCUACCGGACGGGGCAGGACAUCGCCAACUGCGGGACCUGCCGAGACUGCGCCUGCAUCAUCUACAGCGUGGAGCACGAUUUCCGGCAGCAGGAAGGCCGUUUCCAGCGGGUGCUGAGCAGCAUCGAGAGCGAGUCCGGCCCGAGCUCCCCGACCGCGGCGCGAGCUGCCACGCCAAGCCGGCAGGAGCCGUCUCCGGUGCCAAAGCUGCCUACAAAAGUGGACUCCAAAAAAUCCAGGCGCAAGUGCUUCUGGUUCCUGUGAUGUAAGGUGCUGCCCGCGACGGGACGCAGACACGCACUGCCCGGCGGCGGGACGGGCCCCGCUGUCCCCGGGACUGUCCACUGCUGACACCACAAGCACUCUCUUCUCCUUGCUCUCCCUCUCUUCGAGGCCAGGGUUUGGGUAGCACCAGCUUUUCUAUUUCUAACUCUCUCGGGUUCCCUUACUGACACCCCUUGUGUAAAUAGGGGGGGCGGGCAAUGCUGUAUUUCAUGAGAAAUCAAUAAACUCCAGGGAGACGCUAUUUUUGUUA